CUGCGCGCAACACUGAAAGAGCACUGACUGAUUGAGACUGAGUGUGUGUAAAAAUAUUUACCCACACGUCUGUUUCUCAAUUUACCUGAGCUUGGCAAUGGAUACAAAAAUUCCAGUUAUCGAUUUGGCUAACUUUGAAAAAGGCAAGCCGACCGUAGAGCAGACGAUAGCAAUUGGAAAAGCUUGUUUGGAGUUUGGCUUCUUUUAUGUCGUCAACCAUGGAAUCGGGGAAGAACUAGAAGGAAAAGUCUUUGAAAAACUAUGGCAGUUUUUUAAUCUCUCGACUGAGAAAAAAGGAGAAAUUCACAGACGUAACGGUUUCCGUGGAUAUUUUACGAAAGGAGAAGAGCACAGCAUUGAGUAUGGCUGCGUUGAGUGGAAAGAAGGGAUAUAUUAUUUUCGUGAAUUUAACAACGUACCACAGGGAAGAAAAGAAAGAGUUUUCUGUGGCUCUAACCCUUGGCCGAACGAUGAAUAUGUCCCGAGAUUCCAGACAGUAAUAUGGGAGUACUUUGAAAAGACUCAGGCAUUGGCGUCGAAAUUGCUGGGCUGCAUGGCGAUAUUUUUAGGCCUGGAAAGGGAUUUUUUCAACAAGGAAUUCACUAAUGAUCCAUUUGCUCAAAUAGCUAUGUUUCACUACCCUCCCCACCCUACAUCAAAAGAUGACCCAGAGGUGUGGGGAGUGGGGAGACACACUGAUUAUGGCAUGCUUACAGUUCUUCUCCAGGAUGAUGUAGGUGGACUUGAAGUGGAGACCAAAGAUGGACUGUGGAUGGAUGUUCCCCCAGUUCCAGGCUCUCUCAUCAUUAACGUAGGAGACAUGGUAGAGAUCUGGACAAAUGGGGCUUUUAAGGCCCCUCCCCACAGGGUCAAACUGUCAGCAACUAAUCAUAGGCUUUCAGUUGCAAUGUUUUAUGAUCCAGGGUUUGAGAGUGUUAUCUCACCCAUUCCUGUUGACAAAGCUCUAAUUCCUUUAGAAAAAUUUACGACAAAGCCCUCUUUGGCGUUUCCAAUACGCUAUGGUGAUUACGUUCUGAGUAAAUAUUGCAGCAUCUUACCAGAGAAUAAACCAUAACAUAAAACCACUAAGUUACUGGUUAGAAUAUCUUGACUUGGUUUUCUUUUUUAAGUGCCUUCAUGGGCUUAUAGAUUUCACUCAUGAAUUUAGUUAUUAUUUUUCUUUUCUAAAGGGCAACAUGCGCUGUGCUUCAUCAGGGCUGCAUUUAAAGUUAAAUGCCUUUCGUACGUCUUCCUUUCGAGACUUCUACUUCAACAGAAUAACUUUGAUGUGGAACAGUUUACCUAAAAAUAUCAAGGAUUCAGACACUAUAAGCUCUUUUAAAAGUAAACUCAAGUCGUUUUAUUUUACUAAACUUUUAAAGCUUUUGAUAGAGACAAUUUUCGUUCUUUUAAAUUAAUUUGUCCUAAGUGUCGCAGUGUAAAUACUUCUUCUGUCUGUACUUGUUAAGUUAAGUUAAGUUGUUAAUUUGUAUACUUUAGAAUGUUAUGUGUAACUUAGAUUAUUUGAAUUGUAGUUUAGUCAGAUCAGGGAAGGGAUCUUUUUUCGGGAUAUUUCUUUCCAGGAUAUUUUUUACAGGGCUGGGUGUGGGUGUAUUAACCAAGUAGGGGACUUAUGUUCUAUUGUUAUGCACCUGUACUUGUACUUGUACGAAUCCAUUAAAUGAAUAAAAUAAAUAAAUAGA